UAAUCAAGUUUAGCGAACAGUGCUUUACCCAUAAUUUCAGUUCCUCGACGACCCAGAUGAGGAAAUUAGACCGACUUUCCGUGGAAAUAUCAGUAUGGGAAUGGGCUUCCGGUGAAAAAUACAUAAGAGAAAAGGAGGAGGAGGACUCGGUUCGAGUGAUGGUCAGCAAACCUCAAGUGCCAAUCCACUGUGCGUCUUAAUGGGAUCGCGGACAGCGCGGAGUGAGUCAUCCACGGCGGGACAAGGCGCUGCGUGGCAGAAUAAAGAGGGGGCUCAACUCGACACGGGCUGUUGGAGUGUUCGGAUCUGGACAUGGAGCACGGGAGACUCGAGUCCACUUGUGUCGGAUCACAUGAUGUCCAGUUUAUGACUUUCGCUACUUUCCAUGCGUGGAUACUUUAAACAGGGCCCUUUUCUGUGCGUAUGGGAAAGUUAUUUAUCAUAACGGACGCAGUGGACUUAUUCACCAAAGAGGAUUAAAAGCCCUGUAAAGUUAGAGCAAAUUCAACAAGUUUAAACUUUGUGUUGGAAAAGUAAAGAAAGUGAAAGUCUUGCAACUACCAAAAAAAAAAAAAGAGAAAGGGAGAAGAGGUGCAUUUUUAUUUUAUUUUUUUCUGUGAAAGCUAUGAAGGGACUGCACAUGCACGCCACCGUGGGACUGGUGCUCCUGUGGUGCACGCUCAUCACGGCGACGCCCACCCGUACCCAGACCUCCGCGCCCGGGAGGAACGCGAGCCGCCCCUCGAGGAGAGCGUCGGAGCCGGCGAGACGCGAGGCCCCGUGGAGCCGCCGGGGGAGGACGUCCCUCGUGGUCCAGAGGGAUUUCCACAGAUUGAAAACAGACAAAGGGGAUCAGGUUGUCGCCCUACUCCCCCAAGAUCUUAGAAAAAAGGAAAAAUACCUGAAACACAGAACAGGUCCGCUCUACUUCAGUCCCAGGUGUAGGGAGCACGUGCACAGACUGUACCACCAGAGAGACUGCACAAUACCGGCAUAUUUCAAAAGAUGCGCACGGCUUCUCACGCGGCUAGCGGGGAGCCCGCAGUGCACGGGAGGCUAACACAUCCUGACAGGUUGACGCCUCAACAUCCGCUAUCCAAAAUGUUUUUCAAAAGGGGGAAAAAAGUGGCUUGGACUUCUUGGAAAAGCGGCCUAAAACACUGAGACCAGCUCUGAUUGAGAUCAAGCACACAGGCGUUCUUCUACGGAAGUUGGCUCUACUCUUGACAUGGAUCAUAAUGGAUGGUGCAAGGACCCCCCCUGCCCCCUCAAACUCUAAAUGUCAAAUGAGUCCGCUGCUCGGGUUGCAAAUGGACAACUGUGCCUAAACUAUUGAUCGCCUAGUGAGCCUUUUUAUCGGCGACACGGAGACGACGACGGCGGGAAGUCCCAGACACUCACGAGAAAGCCUUUAUUUAUGUAUUUGAAUCAUCACUCCUCAGUAGACUGCGACCAUGUGUCUGUACAUAGUGUAAAACCAUAAGAUCUAUGAGAAAUUAAAAGUGUGAGGCACAGCGUUAUACAGCUUGUACUAUAUAAGAUAAAACAAACUAUAUUUAAAUAAAUGAUACAAUUGGUACACAAAA